AUCAGUAUGACGCUAAGCGACUUGUACUUCCAAUCGGCUAAACCAUCGGUCCUAAGCUCGGUUGACGUACCACGUCUGGCACAGCAUACAUACACCCUUUUGCCAUGAUGAGAGCUCUCCUGUUCCUAUAUACGUUGCUCAAAAGUGCCAGCGCUUAUGUUGUCUUAUUCAAUUUAGAUACCCGUAAUCUCAUUCCCAUGACAUACUCAGCACUGCUGGUCGAUCCACACCUUGCAAACAACAUUCAUUUUUCCCAGAAAAAAAGGAGCAAUCCACAAUAUCCAACAAGAAACAAGACCCAUCUUCCAUCCAGAGACGAAGGAAAAACCUUAUUGCGAUGUCGACCACCGGACUUGUCCCAAUUGCGACCAAUCCGGAAACAGCCGAGUCGAGUACAGGGCUGAAGAAACCCAAAUCGGCGAUGACAAUUUUCCUUGCUAUGAACCCUCCCAAGCCCACCAGCCCCCCUAACCUCUCGGAUCCCAUCCGAAAAACGCCUGUUACCUUCCAGCUCGUCA